UGUUGCGGAAGUGGCCAUCGCUGCCUGCAGGGGGAUGAACACUGCUUGGCGUCCACACAGAGGGGAAAAACAGGUGUGAGCUCGGGGUCUGCAAUAAACACUCAUCUGGACAUAUUGUGAAACAUGAUCGCCUGAUCCCUGUCGAGAACAUCCUGGGCUGCUUGGUGCUUUAGAUCACUCCACAGCUCAGAGAAGCAGAGAGAGAGGGGAGCGCCUUUCAGCCGCGAUGGGGACACUACAGUCGUCACCGGCUCCAGCAGAAUAUUGUGACCUGUCGGAGAAAACGGGCUUUUCAUUUGAGCAGAUUGCAGUCCUGCAUAAGAGGUUUAAACAGCUGAGCCAUGAUGAAGACGUUUUAAGGAGGGACCACUUCAGUGAAAUCCCUGAUCUGGCAUCCAAUCCCAUCCGUGCAGAGAUCACAGAGGCUUUCUUUGACCAAAGAAACUUUUCUAAGAAUGGUAAGGGCAAAGUGGAAGAGAUUGGCUUUGAAGAAUUUCUGGUGGUCAUGUCUCAUUUCAGGCCCCCGUCCCAACACAUGACAAACGAACAGCGUGAAAAUGUCAGGAAGGAGAAACUUAGAUUUUUAUUCAACAUGCACGACACAGACAACGAUGGAACCAUAACACUUGAGGAAUACAGACAUGUGGUGGAGGAGUUGUUAUCCCGCAGUGGAGCACUGGAAAUAGAAACAGCCAAAAGCAUUGCUGAUGCAGCCAUGUUGGAAGUGGCCAGUAUAUCAGUUGGUCACAUGGAGCCUGAUGAAUUCUAUGAGGGAAUCACCUUCGACCACUUUCUAAAGCUGUUGGCUGGCUUCGAGAUUGACUCAAAAAUGAGCAUUCGCUUUUUAAACAUGGACACAAUCACUUUGUGUAAGUGAGGUUGUUAGACUGAAGUAUGCAAUCGUUUUAGGAAAAUCUUGAGAAUGUGAAGUCUAAUGCCUUUAUUGUUUGAUAUUAAUUUCUUGUUUUGCUCUGUACCUAAAUACAUGCACUGUAUGUAUAUGCCUUAUGCAUGUAUAGGAACAACUAUGCAAACCAAAGGACAGUUUGGAUUUAUUUGAAGUGAUAUAAUUAAUUGUAGGCAAUAACAUUCUACUACUGUAUGGCAGAAUAAAGCCAUAAUAUUGAAAUAUUAAUGGCUCGAUGCUUGGGAAGAUAUAGGCUUGAAUAUAUGUGCAGAACUCUACCUUAUCAGAGACAAUUUAGUUUGUCUUGUAUCUAGAUGUUUCCUGUAAUUUCCAUAUGAUCAAACCAAGUAUUUACAGCAGCAAUAGAGUAUGUGCAUACCCUGCACUAUAUUUGCACAAAAAGGGACCUUAAAGUAGUUAAUUAUUUACAUGUCUUUAUAAAGCGAUAAUAACGUAUUUUGCUCCAGUGAAAGCUUUUAAACAAAUCCUCAUGGGCAUGAAUGCUGUUUUAAUUUUCGGCCUUGAAGGAUGUGCUUGAAUUGUUCUUUUUCAGACAAGAGUGAAUGCCACAACCAAACCAAAGCACCGCAAAUAUUGGGUUAAAGCUCCUUUACAGCGUCAUGCCACACAGUUCCUAUAGCUAUAGCCAUAGCUACCAGCUAUUAAGAAGCUUUGAGCAUAAUUCUGGCUGGAUAUAAGACUGCUGUUCUUGGCAGAAUGGUUUAGUUUUCUGGCGUAGACCCAGUUUGUAUGCAUGUAUCUCAAAGUUUCCGGGGUCAUGGCUUUCAGAAGGCCAUCCCUGAUUUGUCCGUUCUAAUCACAUAGGUUAAAACCUGCCAUGGAAACUGUAACCCCAGUGUCACAGUCUACAGUGAAACAUGUUUAACAUUUUCAUUUGACUGAACAUGUUCUUGCCAAGAAGCUAGCCUCUGCUCUAAGAUAGAGAUCUUUCAGCCUGGAUGAAAUUUGCAGAUGCCCACACGAACAAACUUGUUGUCACGAUGAUAACAAAUCUGUGUGGAGGAGACUGCACCCACCAGCUGUCAAGCAUAGUGGUAGAAGCAUCAUACUGUGGUUUUGUUUCUGCCCAUACUGGUACGGCAGAGUAGAUGAAAUAAUGGAAAUGAGGACUGCUUUUAAUUUCCUUACAACAAAUAGUCAGCUAAAUAGUUGAAAAUUGGACACUAUUUAGUUUUCCAAAAAGUCAAUGAAUUACACUAGAAGCUUAUUGAUAGCUUAAAAAUGCAUGUGGUCAUGGUUUGACUUGCUAAAAGACAUUUAUCCACAUGUCAGUUGAAGUAUAUGUAAUCAAACCUGUGUACUCAGUCACGGAUUUUUUUAAAUCAGUAAAGUUGUAUCAUAAUCAGCCAAGUCUGUAAAAGAAUGGUUGGAAUUGGAAUAAUAUUUAGAUAUGGAUUACUAUGCAUAUAAAUACACAGGCUUGAACAUGUAAGAUUUUAUUUUCAUAACUCUCCUUGAUCAGAAAUAAGAUUCUUAAUGUUAUAUCAAAACGUUUCUUGUGAUUUCUAUACUAUCACAGAAAAUAUUUUUCUGGUUGUUAGCGUUAUGUUCCUGCCCUGCACUCUGUAUCUACUAAAUAAAGAACCUUGAAACUG